CUUGAAUGUAGCCGAGAGCUCUCGUUACCCUUGGCGCUUGGCAUUUAUAAUCUUCUUUGGAGUAUCCUCUCACCGGACUCAUUUGCACCGCGCGCAGACCACCCACGUUCUCAGAGCGAUAACAAAGGGGUCUAAAAGAAUGAACAACACGCAGCUGAUGAUCGACGAACGAGCCGCGGCCGACUCUCCAGGCGCCGGUUCAGGCGACGAGCUGCCUUCUUCCGCAGUCUGGGCUGCGGGUAUCUUUGCCUUCAGCGCAACCUUCAUUUCCAUGGUGGCCAUCUGGAUGCAGUUCAAACACUAUCGUAAACCACUGUUGCAACGAUAUGUGGUGCGAAUAUUAUGGAUGGUGCCUAUCUUUGCUAUCUCGUCAUGGAUUUCAUUGGUAUCGCUGAAUAUGUCCUUCUAUGUCGAUGCUCUACGAGACAUUUACGAGGCGUUUGUUAUUUACUGUUUCUUUGGUCUGCUGGUAUCCUAUCUCGGGGGUGAACGUUCGCUGCUGAUCAUGCUGCAUGGACGACCCUAUACCAAGCAUGUUUUCCCCGUCAGUCUCUGGUACAGGGAGAUCGAUGUGGGCGAUCCCUACUCAUUUUUAUUUAUCAAGCGUGGUAUUCUUCAAUACGUUUACGUUAAGCCCGUAUUAGCGGCGGUCACCAUGCUUCUCAAAUCAAACGAUGCCUAUAAUGACGGCUCGGUCUCUUUCAAAUCUGGAUAUUUCUGGGUGUCGUUUAUCUACAACAUAAGCGUCUGCCUCAGUCUUUAUUGUCUCGGCAUCUUCUUCAUGGCCACCCAGGGCGAUCUUGAAGAGUUUCGUCCGAUCCCCAAGUUCUUGUGCAUCAAGGCCGUCAUCUUUUUCUCAUUCUGGCAAGGUUUUGCGAUCUCUAUUUUGGUGUCAGUCGGUAUCAUGAGCAACACCUCGCCUGAGAUUGCUGUCGCAAUCCAGGAUUGGUUGAUAUGCUUCGAGAUGGUAUUCGCGUCUGUCGGGCACUGGUAUGCAUUUUCGCAUAAAGAUUACACAGACAUAGAUAUCCAGUCUGCUAGGAUGCCUGUGUACUACGCCAUUAGGGAUGCCUGUGGCAUCCAGGAUAUCGUUCAGGAUUCCCUCGAGACCCUCAAAGGCACGCGCUUCACCUACAGGACAUUCGAGCCAUCUGAAGGCCUGGCGACCGAAGGCAUGAGUCGGUCUGGUCGCAUCAAUGCUGGACUCAGGUAUAGCCAGGGAGGAACAACUAAAUACUGGCUCCCAGAAACCAACGCCAUACCUGGUUCCACGAUGUCACAAAACGAUCGAUUCGAUUCGGACGACAGACGACAGUUUUCAAGGCACCCACGCGGUAAUGCAGAGCGCCCACCUAGCCUAUACUUCCCUGAUCUGGACGAAGAGGAUGAAGACGGACUGGAGGAACUUUAUGAUGCCAGCAAGCAGCUCGAGUUUGGGGACUACAACUUCCCUGCCAUUGAUGUCCACGAUCCAAAGGAGGCACAGGGUCGCGGAAAGCGAGGACGCCGAGGACCACGGAAGAGCAAGAAAAAAGAGGCGAGAUCUCUACUAACAGACCCCAAUGGGGCUCAGGAGCCAUCUCGAGGAUCUGUAUUUGGAAAGGAAGGCUGGAGUGUAUCGCCUUCAUCGUCACGGCAGCAGACAGGAACACCAACAGCCGCAGCAAUCUCCUCAGCUUCGUCGUGGAACGCAAAUUCUGCGCAGGCUAGGGAUGGAUGCGUUGAUAAUGUGAACAACUAUGUUCCUGAACCAAGGACUUUGAAGGCGAUGAGGAGCAGCACGGUUCUGUCUCCGAUGCAUCAGCGAUCGGCAGAGCAGCAACAGCAACAGCAGCGACAGAAUCAGCAUCCCCUUGACGACCAGACGGAUUCACAGGGUGGUCCUGCGCUGUUCAUCUUGUAGACCUGG